CUGGCCGCCGGCCCAGGGGUCCCCCGCAGCGGCCCCGCGCCGAGUCCGCCGUCCGGCGCCAGCCUGGGCGAGGUGGGAAUCGCGAUCGUCCCGUGCCCCGCGCCUGUAGUCCCCCGACCGCCCAUGGCCACGCGGGUGCUGACCAUGGGCGCCCGCCUGGGACCCGUGCCCCAGCCGCCGGCCACGCAAGACGAGCCGGUGUUCGCGCAGCUCAAGCCGGUGCUGGGCGCUGCGAACCCGGCCCGCGACGCGGCGCUCUUCCCCGGCGACGAGCUCAAACACGCGCACCACCACCCGCCUGCGCAGCCCGCGCCGCCGCCAGCCGCCGGCCCGCGGCUGCCCUCGGAGGAGCUGGUCCAGACAAGAUGUGAAAUGGAGAAGUACCUGACACCUCAGCUCCCUCCAGUUCCAAUUGUUCCAGAGCAUAAAAAGUAUAGACGAGACAGUGCCUCGGUGGUAGACCAGUUCUUCACUGACAGUGAAGGCUUACCUUACAGUAUCAACAUGAACGUCUUCCUCCCUGACAUCACCCACCUGAGAACUGGCCUCUACAAAUCCCAGAGACCAUGCGUGACGCAGAUCAAGACAGAGCCUGUUACCAUUUUCAGCCACCAGAGUGAGACGACCGCCCCUCCUCCAGCCCCGACCCAGGCCCUCCCUGAGUUCACCAGUAUAUUCAGCUCCCACCAGACCUCAGCUCCAGAGGUGAACAAUAUCUUCAUCAAACAAGAACUUCCAACGCCAGAUCUUCAUCUCUCUGUCCCUUCCCAGCAGGGCCACCUGUACCAGCUAUUGAAUACACCGGAUCUAGACAUGCCCAGUUCUACAAACCAGACAGCAAUCAUGGACACCCUUAACAUAUCUAUGUCCGCUGCCAUGGCGGGCCUUAACACACACACUAAUGCUGUUCCGCAGACUGCAAUGAAACAGUUCCAGAGCAUGCCCCCGUGCACAUACACCAUGCCAAGUCAGUUUCUUCCACAGCAGGCCACUUACUUUCCCCCCUCACCACCGAGCUCAGAGCCUGGAAGUCCCGAUAGACAAGCUGAGAUGCUCCAGAAUUUAACCCCGCCUCCGUCCUAUGCUGCUACAAUUGCUUCUAAACUGGCAAUUAACAAUCCAAAUUUACCUGCCACUCUGCCAGUUAGUUCACCAAGCAUCCAACCUGUCAGAUACAAUAGAAGGAGUAACCCCGAUCUGGAGAAAAGGCGCAUCCACUACUGCGAUUACCCUGGUUGCACAAAAGUUUAUACAAAGUCUUCUCACUUAAAAGCUCACCUGAGGACUCAUACGGGCGAGAAGCCCUACAAGUGCAACUGGGAGGGCUGCGACUGGAGGUUUGCGCGGUCGGACGAGCUGACCCGCCAUUACAGGAAGCACACGGGUGCCAAGCCGUUCCAGUGCGGGGUAUGCAACCGCAGCUUCUCCCGCUCCGACCAUCUGGCGCUGCACAUGAAGCGCCACCAGAGCUGAGCACUGCGCCAACCGCCCGAUGCCUCGCAGUCCGCUCCGCCACCCUUUAAACCGCAGACCUAACUUCAUAUAAAAAAGGAAAAGAAAAAAAAGAAAGAAAAAGAAAAAAAAAACUGGAAAUGUAUAUUUUGUAUAUUUGAGGCCACAGGGAAUACAUUGUAUUAAUACCAAAGUGUUUGGUUGUUUUGAGAACCUGGAACUUGCUGUCGUGCUCACCGCUGGCUUUAUUCCAGCAAACUUCAUCUCCAGACAGGCAGCCGCAUCUCAGCGUGGGGAACUGGUGGGGGCGCACGGGGUGCGUAUGCUGUUUCUAGACAGACUGCACACGCCAUCAUUUGGGACAUUGUUUAGUAUAAACAAACCAGUUGGCAGGCACCCGGACAGAUUGUCAAGAUUUUACUUGACGUGGACUCGUUUUGUUUUUUGUUUUUUUUUUUUUUUGUUUUUUGUUUUUUGUUUUUCUCAAGAUUAGAUUAUUUCCAUAGCGGAGGUACACAGUGUACCUGGCAAUUCACAAAUAGCCAUUGAACAAAUGUGUGUUUUUUUUUUUUAAAUAUGAGUUGCCUAUAUUUGCUAUACAAAAUUUUGUAAAUAUGCAAAUCAGCUUUAUAGGUUUAUUACAAGUUUUUAAGGAUUGUUUGGGGGAAUCAUACUUCUUUUGAAUAACUAUGAAUACACAUAAAGUUAGGAUUUGUGGUACCUCUCAAAAGUCACCAAAUCCAUUUCUUUGGGGAGGGAAUAAUCAUUCGAAUGAAUAAAAUGCAAAUUUCACUCUCUGAUUGAAAUAAGAUUGUUUAUUUUAAAUAUAAAAGAUUUUUUUAUAUGAACUUAAAGAUAGUUACAAGACACAGACACUAAAGGUCUUAUGUUAAACAGUAUCACCUGUGAAGGACUGAUGUGGCUGUCACAUGUGUCAUUGCUGAAUUUAAGAUUCUGUUUGCACUUGUGGAAGCGUUGAGUUUCUGGUGCAGUUUUCUUGGACUGGGAUGUUUGCUCAUGCCCUACUGUUGGCUAAAUGACAAUUUAUGUGGAUUUUUGCAUGUAAUAUCCAGUGAGACACAGUAAUUUUAUUAUUGAAAUUACAGUGCAGUGUAGUUAAUCUGUUAAUACUGACUCCGGUGUCUGCCUUUAAUAUCAGUGAUAUGUUGAAAGCUUACCAAUAUGCAAUAUCAUAGGAAUGUGACAUUGAUGCUGUUAACCAAAGGGCAGAAAUCAUAAGCAAAAUGCCAAAAGCGGUCUUAAUUGAAAAUUUAAUUUUUGUUUUUAAGAUAUUGUUUAUCAUUAUUUAUUUUGUGGUAAUAUAGUAAGUUUUUUUAGAAAACAAUUUUCAUAACUUGAUAAAUUAUAGUUUUGUUUGUUAGAAAAGUUGCUUCAAUGUGUAAAUAGGUGACAAACGGUGUAAAUAGUUUUGUAAGAGGCUUCAAGAUGUUUAUACGUGGACACCUACAUCAAAAGUGUAAACCGGCUGCUGUUGGCUUCUUUGUCUCUUAUUUUUGUAUUGUGGUCAUUUCCUAUGCAAAUAUCGGAGCAAACAGCUGUAAAGUUGUAGAAUUUUUUGAGAGAAUGAGAUGUUUAUAUAUUAACGACAAUUUUUUUUUUUUUUUUGGAAAAUAAAAAAGUGCCUAAAAGAUUU